UCGUUCGGCGGUUGAAUCGAGUCGAAUGAGUCGAUGACACAAUCGAACCGCCAUCGAAGCACAAUCGAAGAAGGCAUCCCACAAAACAGCAGCAGCAAACUCGAAUAAUUAUUCGCCAACCAUCGAUACACCGCUCAAUCGGAUCCAGCACAAUGUCAAGCCCGAAUACUGAAGACGCCAAGCCCAGCACAAAGAAGCGCAAGCGAGAAGACGAAGACGGACCAGAAGAGGAAGAAGCGGCCAAGGCUCCGCUGAAAGACGAACCCAAGGAGAGCACCGAAGGAGGAGAAGGAAAAGAACCACAAGAUGACCCUCCCAAGGAGCCGACGGCGCCGGAGGAUCCUCCCGCCCUCAAGGCCGCCGAUGCUCCAGCAGGAGACAACUCCAAGCUCCCGACAAUCCCUGGCACUACGGAGGCCACCGAAGUCCCGACAAUCCCUGGCAGUAAGACUGGCCCUCCGGAAGUCGUAGGAGGAACCAACCAUUUGGGCAUUCCCAAUCGUUUGUUACAACACGAGACGUCUGCCGGUACUACAGCUGCUGGCGGUGAUACGGCAAAGGAGGCGGAGAAGACGUCAACGGUGCCGUCCCACCCCGAGUUGGAACACGUGCGGCCACACCCCACCUUUACGCAGUGGAUUCAAGAUCGGGUGUUGUUGUCGCCGAUGGAGUCCACCUCCAAGAAACGAUCCCGGUUCUGGCAAGCGUAUCAUCAGUUUGAUCCGCAACACGCGUCCAAUAAAUCAUCGGGACGAGAACACCAUGCGGCUUGCAACAUUUGUGGCAAGACAGUCAAUAUGGGAAGGGACUAUUCCACUACCACCUUGCAGCAGCACUUGCGAAAAUGCAACAUCAAGCUCUGGACCAAACUCAAAGAAGAAAUGGUCAAUGCGCCCACCAAAAAGGCAAAGCACACAAAGAUGGAAGAAGCGGCUGUGGUGGCUCUGGCUGUUGCUGCUCUUGGCGGCGAUGCUGCAGCUGCUGCUAACACCACCACAGAAAAAGACAACAAGGACAAGACGGUAGAGUCCUUGAAGCAAUAUGUGCAGGUUGCCUACAUGGUGCGAUUCCAGUACCCGCCACUCGAAGAAUGGGCUGGGUUGAUUUCCAUUCUCCACCGCGAACUAGCACAGACCUUGUCCAAAGCAGCCAUUCGAAAAGUGUUUGACCAGCAAGCCAAGUUGAAACGAAAAAGACGAAACAGCAGCGAGAAAACAACGCAGCAGGACGAAACCAUGCCUCCACCCAAAGCACCGGAAGCGCCCAACAAGGUUGGUGGCGAUGGCAUUGUCAGUGACAAUAGCAGUCUGUCGUCCCAGCCUCCCCAAUCUCCCAAUAAGAACAAGGCGGCAGCAGCACCACCAUCACAACCGUCGCAAGUAGUAGACAGCGAUGAAAAAACAGACAACAACAACAAAACAGACAAUAACGGCAAAACAGAUAACAGCAACAACGACAUCAGCAACAGCGCCACCAACAAAACGGAAGUCUAGAAAAGAAACAGCAUCGCUUGAAGUUGCUAAUGCAUUAAUUAAAUCUUUGUUCUACUUUUUCAUCCA